AAUUCCCGUCCCCACUCCCGCCCAAGCUGGGGUAUCUCUCUCUCUCUUCCCGAAUCCUUCCGUUAUAUCUCACAAUUUCAUUUCAUUUCUUCUUUCAUCAGAGAAACCCAAGAAACCGCCAUUAAUUCUCAGUGCUCACAACACCCACAAAAAAUGUUGGAGUUCCGUCUAGUUCAGGGGAGUCUUCUCAAGAAGGUCCUUGAAGCCAUGAAAGACCUCGUCAACGACGCCAAUUUCGAUUGUUCUUCCACUGGUUUCUCCCUUCAAGCUAUGGAUUCCAGUCACGUCGCUUUAGUUUCUCUCCUUCUCCGCUCCGAGGGUUUCGAGCAUUAUCGCUGUGAUCGCAGCAUCUCCAUGGGAAUGAACCUCAACAACAUGGCUAAGAUGCUCCGUUGCGCUGGUAACGACGACAUUGUUACGCUGAAGGCCGAUGAUGGUAGUGAUUGCGUCACUUUCAUGUUCGAAAACCCUUCGCAAGAUAAGAUAGCUGAUUUUGAGAUGAAGCUGAUGGAUAUUGAUAGUGAACAUCUUGGAAUCCCUGAUGCUGAAUAUCAGUCUAUUGUUAGAAUGCCAGCAGCUGAGUUUGCGAGGAUUUGUAAGGAUCUCAGCUCCAUUGGCGAUACUGUUCUGAUCUCUGUGUCAAAGGAAGGAGUUCAAUUCUCAACCAGAGGUGAUAUUGGCACUGCCAAUAUAGUUUGUAGACGAAAUACCACAGUUGACAAGCCUGAAGAAGCUGUUAUAAUAGAGAUGGAAGAACCAGUUAGCUUAACUUUUGCCCUGAGGUACCUCAACUCUUUUACAAAGGCAAGCCCUUUAGCAAACCAGGUGACGAUUAGCAUGUCUUCAGAUCUGCCUGUGGUGGUUGAAUACAGAAUCGAAGACAUGGGUUAUAUAAGAUACUACUUGGCUCCUAAAAUCGAAGAAGAAGAUGAAGCUGCAGCUGCAGCUGCAGCACAAGCAAUUAACAGACCUGAGACAGAGCCCAAGCAUACAGCAAAGGCAAAACCCAAAGCUGACUUGAAGCCAAAAGUUGAGCCUAACCCUGAAUCAGAGAUGAAGUUUGAAGAAGAGAACGGGUCUGUAAUUGAGAUCAAGGAUGAAGACAACAAGACUGUCUUUGUUAUCAAUGAUGAAGAAAAGAACUCUCCACUCAAAAGCAAGGCAGAAGAGGAAAACAAUACUCCCAAAGAACCGAAGAUCGAAACAAUGGAACUUGAGUGAUGACUUUUCAUGAGAAAUCAAUUUGUAAGUAGGAAAUGUUAGCCACUUUUUAACUCCUGUUGGUUAGGUUAGUAGAGAAGAGAAGAGAUGACAAGGAGUGAUUUUCUGACAUACGA